UUCUUCUUUUUCUUCUUCAGUUUUUCACAGAAUAAGAUGGAUGGUAGCUUUGAUUGUGAUUGUGGUGAGCUGGAGCCACCUGAUCAUUAACUAACAGCAUCCCUGGUACCCAGAAAGCGCCGCCUCUUCCUCUUAGUAGCGAACUAGACUGCAAAACGGAGACGACCAAAACCAUCCACCUUAGAAUGAAGCUGCUCAGGACCAGUCCAACACUGAAUGUAUCUGCACUGUGAGGAGGAUGUUAACGCAAGCCUAUUAUUACAUGCCUAUUUAUUCACAUUUUUGUUAAACGUCGACCAGUUUGGCACAAGUAUAUAGAGUGAAGGGCCCGUAGGAUGCCACUUCGUUCCAUUUGAUUUUGCCUGGUGUUCCCUUUCCAUGUCUGCGGAUGUGCUGCACCUCUCUCUUGAACUAUGAAUGCUGCGACCUCUUUCUCUCCCUCUCUCCUCGCCGUGAUCUGUAAAGAGUCUUAAGUGCUUAUCCUAAAAGGGGGGAAAACAUCAGGGCUGGCUGGCUGGCCGUGCAAUGAGAGCAUCCCGAAGCUACCCGGCGUUUGUCUUUUCUACGGGGCCCUCGCAAUCCACCAGUGGAAGCAUCUCUCUAGAUUCGUAGAAGCGGGAACCGUUUUUUAAGAGAGGAGGAAAACAGGAGACGGAAAUUUCUUAAAGAGGAAAAAAUGGCAGAGAAGUUUGAAAGUCUGAUGAACAUUCAUGGCUUCGAUGUAGGUUCUCGGUAUAUGGACUUAAAACCUCUGGGCUCUGGUGGCAACGGCUUGGUUUUCUCCGCCGUCGAUAACGAUUGCGACAAGAGAGUGGCCGUCAAGAAGAUCCUCCUCUCCGAUCCUCAGAGCGUCAAGCAUGCCCUGCGCGAGAUCAAAAUUAUCCGGAGACUCGACCACGAUAACAUUGUCAAGGUUUUCGAGAUCCUGGGCCCCAACGGGAGCCAGCUGACGGACGACGUCGGCUCUCUGACAGAACUAAACUGUGUUUACAUUGUCCAAGAGUACAUGGAGACCGACCUGGCUAACCUGGUGGAGCAGGGGCCUUUACUGGAAGAACACGCCCGGCUCUUCAUGUACCAGCUGCUACGUGGCCUCAAAUACAUUCACUCGGCCAACGUCCUGCAUAGGGACCUCAAGCCAGCAAACCUCUUUAUUAAUACUGAAGAUUUGGUGCUGAAAAUCGGGGACUUUGGCCUGGCACGGAUCAUGGAUCCCCACUAUUCUCAUAAGGGCCAUCUUUCUGAAGGACUAGUAACUAAAUGGUACAGAUCACCUCGCCUCUUGCUGUCGCCCAACAACUACACGAAAGCCAUUGAUAUGUGGGCUGCAGGUUGUAUCUUCGCUGAAAUGCUGACAGGCAAAACUCUCUUUGCAGGCGCCCAUGAACUUGAACAAAUGCAGCUGAUUUUGGAAUCGAUUCCCGUCGUUCACGAGGAAGACCGCCAGGAGCUGCUCAGUGUAAUCCCAGUUUACAUUAAAAACGACAUGACUGAGCCACACAAACCUUUAACUCAGUUGCUCCCAGGCGUCAGCCCCGAAGCUUUGGACUUCCUGGAACAAAUACUGACCUUCAGUCCCAUGGACCGAUUGACAGCGGAAGAAGCUUUGUCUCACCCUUACAUGAGUAUUUAUUCCUUCCCAACUGAUGAGCCUAUUUCAAGUCAUCCUUUCCACAUUGAGGAUGAAGUAGAUGACAUUCUGCUGAUGGAUGAAAGUCACAGCAACGUCUAUAACUGGGAAAGGUAUCACGACAGCCAGUUCUCAGACCAAGAAUGGCCCGUUCACAACAACUUCGACGCCGACGAAGUCCAGCGAGAUCCGAGGGCUCUGUCGGAUGGGACCGACGAGGAGGAAGUGCAGGUGGACCCGCGGAAAUAUUUGGACGGCGACCGCGAAAAGUACCUCGAAGACCCGGCUUUCGAUACCCACUUCUCCACCGAGCCUUGUUGGCCGUACCCAGAUCACCACGAGAACAAGUAUUGCGAUCUGGAAUGUAACCAUACCUGUAAUUACAAAAUGAGGUCCACCUCCUACCUAGAUAACUUAGUCUGGCGAGAGAGCGAAGUGAACCAUUACUAUGAGCCCAAGCUGAUCAUAGAUCUUUCUAACUGGAAGGAGCAGAGUAAAGAGAAGUCAGAUAAGAAAGGCAAGUCCAAGUGCGAGAAGAACGGCUGGGUGAAAGCUCAGAUAGCGCUCAAGGAGGCAUCCCAGCAGCUGGCCGAGAAGGAGAAGAGUCAAGCCUUUGACUUCGACUCUUUCAUAGCAGGGACGAUUCAGCUGAGCCUGCAGCACGAGUCGGCUGCGGUCGAUAAGCUGAACGACCUCAAUAGCUCGGUGUCCCACCUAGAGCCCAAAGGCAUCUCCAAGUCGGUCAGCAGGGAGAAGCAGGAGAAAGGAAUGGCCAAUUUGGCCCAGUUGGAGGCCCUCUACCAAAACUCGUGGGACGGCCAGCUGGUCGGCGGUGGCGGCGGAGAGGAGUGCUUCCUGAUAGACCAGUUCUGUUGCGAGGUCAGGAAGGACGAGCAGAUGGAGAAGGAGAACCCCCCCUAUCCUAGUUAUCUCGACAGGUUCUUUAGCAGGAAGGAAGAGCCCGAAACUCCAGAAGCUGAGCCAGCCGAAGAUGGGAAGCCCGGGGAGAACGAAAGAGAGGGCAACUUUCUGAGUAAUAGCGGAGAAUUUCUCUUUAACAAGCACCUUGAAGCUAUAGCUAUUCCCCAGUUUCCCACCCCGGUUGGCUCACCCUUAAAAUCCUUGCAGGCCACCCUCACUCCUUCUGCUGUGAAGUCAUCUCCUCAGAUCCCCCAUAAGGCCUACAGCAGCAUUUUGAAACACCUGAACUAAACAGCAGACACUUCUUCCUUUUUCUUUUUUGUACUCGCGAAAUGUGUUCCCUUUUUUUUUAAUUAUUAUUAUUAUUAUUAUUAUUAUUAUUACAAGUAGUCUUUUCUUUCUUUCUUUUUUUACUUGAAAUCAAAUGAUGUAACUUUGCUAUGGAUUUCCUUAUAGUUUCCCCCGUUUUACCAUUGUUUUUAACGAUCCGAAUUUUCCUUUUUUCCCCCCUCCUCCCUUAAACCAUGACGAUGUUUUGUUUUUUAAAACUGGCAUGUCGUUUUGCACACCGAGGGUAUAUUAAAAAAAAAGAAAGAAAGGAAAAGAAAAAAAAAGUAAGAAAGAAAAAGAUUCUUGACAAUGCAAAAUUAGAGGAGUAAUACGAAAGAAAUGCACUAAAACCCCGUAGAAAACACUCUUUUUAUCGACAACGCGUCCUUUUGCAGAGUUAAAAAAAAAAAAAAUCUUGCCUUGAAACCACACCACAUCCAUCGUUUGCAUGAGAAAAAAUAAUCUAUAUUUUCCCCCCUCAAAACAUUUCCGCCCCCCCCCCCUCUCCAUUCAUAUGUAUUUUAGAAUUUUUUCAUACUGUACACAUUUCUUCAACACAUGAUACCAGCAGCAACUGUACAUGAAAUGCAGAAAUUUUGGUACGCAUGUUUGUGAUCUACCUCAAGGUAACCGCAGUAUGUGGCAAAUAUUCAACUUCGACCCUAGUGCUUAUCAUAUUUAGCCAGCAUUAUUGUAGUAGGUGGUUAUUACGGAGAAGAAGAAGAAGAAGAAAAGGAAGGGGGAAAAAAAAACAACGUUCAAUAUUUAUAAAUAUUCCGGUAUGCAUACUUUAUAGUGGAAAUGUUAAUAUGCAGCGUUUUUAUUUAUUUGAGCAGAUUAUAUUUUCUGUAACGGUAGAAAGUCGAAUUCUUUUGGACUUGCUUUACAGAUGAAGUUCUUACUAGCACUGUUGGUUUGUUGCCUACAUAACUGAAAUAGAGAUGAAAUAACACCCCCUUAUUUUGAGGUGAUCCGUGUGUGAGUUUUUU